UCUCACACUGCCAACUUGCUCCCCGGCUGAGGCGGCCGCACCAGACGCCGCCGAGCCCCGCCAGGCACGCCAGCGCUCGGAUCGAGGUGGCCCUCACGCCUGGGGCGAGAAACCGCGCUGCCCGGAGUGCCAGCGAAGCUUACCAGGGGCAGCCUCCACGAUGCUGGCUCCCACGACGCCGCGAACGUCGCGGGCGCGCCGGCCCUGUUCGCGCGGCCGCGCGCGGCACUACGUCGCCGCGGCGGCCCCGGCCCCGGCGCCGUCAAGAGCGGACAGCCCCUACAUCGACGUAGAGCCAACGAAAAAGACUCUACUAAAGACCGGCGCCGUCGUUCGCCUCCGGGCGGGGCCCUUCGGUAUUUGCGACGCUUUUGACGCGAAGUCGAACACGUGGGCCGUGCGCUUUUUCGGAGAGACCGAAGAGCGGCUCGUGGGAGAAGCUAGAUUAGUAGGACCCAUGGACGACGCCGAGGCCUUAGACGAGGCGACAAGAGCCCGAGACCGGGCCGCCGUGCGCGCGCUAAUUCAAAGGCGGCCUCCGCCCGAGAGGCAAGAACGCGUCUCCAGGGAUUUCGACCAAGAAGAUUUCCAUUGUCCGGUCUGCAGAGAACUACUGUACCAACCCGUCAUCAAGCAGUGCGGCCACGCGGCCUGCUUUCUAUGUACGCACAAGGCCAUGGACCAGCUCUGCGAUAGUGCGUGUCCCUUGUGUCGCGCGCCGUUCCGGCAUCUCGGGGCGGUCUGUGAGCCUUUACAUAACUUUAUCUGCCGGACCUUUCGUAAUGAAGAGACAGAGGAUGAACAUUUCUGCUGUCGGACCUGCGGCGCCCCCGGUUCCGUUUAUGUGGGCAACUGCGGCCAUGCGUUAUGUGAGGACUGUCGAGACCAGGACUGUGCUUGCGGCGCGAGGCGUGUGUUCACGCCUCGCGUGCCCUGCGCUCUCCUAGAGCUCGCGUCCCACAAAACAAGGGCGCCGGCGGGCGCACCUCGACAGUGCUUGGAGGCGCCGGCGCCGGAACGGGCACUGAGCGACGAAACCCCGUACGUGCACUUCGGCGUGGGCUGCGACGGCUGCGGCGCCUUUCCUAUUAGGGGGGCGGCGUUUCGGUGUCUCGACUGCCCCGACGCCGUGGGCUUUGACCUCUGCGCGGAGUGCCGCGGCUCUUCUCUCGUCGUGAGCGGGCGCUUCGACCAGGGGCAUACGUCAAAUCAUCGCGUAGUGGAACGCGAGCAGGUGCGGACGUGGUUGCAUGAAUUGCAGGCCGCGAAUCCCCAGCUCGGCGUCCACGAGGUCUUAGAUAUCGCGCGGAUGCAAUUGCAGGCCGCCGCGCCGCCGCCGCCCGACGACUCGUCGUCCGACGACGAGUCCUUUUCCCGCUACGGGCCGGGCGACCCGCCGCGGACCGCCUAGUAGUAGCCCUCUUCUUUUGUGUAAUCGUCCGUUCUUUUGCGU